GUUAUUCGAUAUUGUUAACAUUCAAGCCAGGAAGUUUUUAAGUGUAGACCAAAAUUCGACUUAAAGCUUAAACCACUGUUUUUUGUUUGAUCAUAAUUUGGAACAAUUAACUCCAAAACAAGGUUCAGAAUGGACAAAGAGGACGAUAUCCUUGCAGACAAAUCACAAUCUAUACAUGAGGAAGACUUCAAAAGUGAUACUUACGUCCUAAGGAAACCAUGUUUGGUCAUGUAUUUCUCGCGUACUGUUCCAAAUAUGCAGCAUGAAAAGGGUGAACAUUAUGAAAAGAAAAUUGUAACUAUUAAAGACGGUAGCAGCUCGUUGGCUAACGAAAAGGUAGAUGUUGAUAUUGGUACAAUCCAUGAUUUCUUAUCAGGAAUCUCAAGACAAACAAAAAUGAAACCGGUCUUCGAGUUGAUCCGGAAUCCAACACUUGAGAACAUAGACGACAAGUUAGGGGAGCUGAAUGAUAGGGGGCACGAGUAUGGUUCCUUCAUUUUCGUCAUCUGUUCAUACCUGGAUGAAGGGGACGAGAUUGAAAUAUACAAUGGCUCAGUUUCAAUAGAUCACUUCUUCGACAAAAUAAAAUCAUUCAAAUCCAUGGCUGCAAAACCAAAGCUGUUCCUGAUACAAGCUGACGACAAGAAGCUCUUUCCAACCGAUUCUAUCUUAAAAGGUACCACUGCAUAUGCAACAAAUGUCGUAACAAAGAAAAUCCCCACCGACGCAGACAGAAUCGUCAUUUUUUCUACCAUACCACAAGUGUUGGCCAGUAAGCAGCUUCCUUCCCUGUUGAUCCAGGCUUUCAUCGAUGUGCUGACAAGCAAUGCGAACAUGGAUUUACUCAGCAAUACCCCAUUUAUUAAUGGCAAAGUUGUUGAGCUAAUCAAAAAACUCGAGCGUGACAAAGUCGACAUCCCCGUGCCCCUUGUUACGUCGACACUCACCAAGCAAUGGUUUCUUGGAGGAAGUUCACAGUUUGCUACAAACGUAUGAAAACAUAUGAUGUACAUAAACCAGACAUCGUGAUAAUCGAUUUAUUAUUAUAAAUAGUGUAAUAUUGCAUUUGGCAAGAUCUAUAUCAUGGGCUUGCUUGAAUUGUUAUCAUUGAUUAAACACAUAACAGAAAAUGUCAAUUAACAACCAGAUUUAAAUAAUUGAAACAAAUUUAAUUGAAAAUAUCUUUUUUUGCAAGUAUAUUUCCAGUUUUUAAUUAUUGAAAUGUUGUUCGUAUACAAUUACAAAGUGACUUUGUAUUAAACUUCUAUUUCAUAUUUAUGAACGACAUUAAUAUACAAUAACAAUGGUAAAAUAUAUGUCAUAGGAUAUGUAAAUGUAGAUCUUGUACCGAAUGAUUGUAUUGAAUGUAUUUAUAUAUACUACGCUACUACUACUACUACUACUUCUACUAUUAUUAUUAUUAUUAUUAUUAUUAUUAUUAUUAUUAUUAUUAUUAUUGCUGCUGUUGCUGCUGCUUAUACUACUUUUAUAACUUGGCCUUCUUCUUGUUCUUCUAGUUUUGUUGUUGUUGUUUUUGUUGUUGUUCUUCUUCGUCUCCUGCUGCUGCUGCUGCUGCUAUAUACAUAUACAACACAAAGGAAAAUAAAUAUUGGAAUGAUACUAUGCAAACAUGAGCUCUUUGAACAUAGAUAUUUCAUUUACCGCAUAGAUAUAAAAUAUCUCAUAUUGCAACGUCUGACUCGCCAUCCAUUAGGUCUUUGGUCUUUAAUAUCAUCCCUGACACCAACAUGGAAGUAAAUGUACUUUAGAUUGUAAUCUACAUUUCCAUCCAAUGAAAUCGCCUUCCAGCCUUCAAUAAGCACCACGCUUUAACUUUAAAACUUGAAGUUUUACAACUUAUAAUAGAUAACGUCAUAAUGUGGUUCUCUGCUUUUAAAAAGCACCUUUAAAUCUUAGGUGACUUUUGACAUAUGGUGUAAUAUCCGUGUAGACUAAACUUGACUAAGAUGGACUCGUUCGCUUCCCCCGUUUUAAUCAUUAGUGUUGUACAUUCAUUGUAUAUAAUGCUUAACUUGUCAGUAGAAAAUGUAUGCACUUAUUACGCCUUGAUGACGCAGUGCACAAACAUAAGGACACAUGUACACAAAUAAUAACAAACAGUGUUUCGCAACCUCUCAAUGAUGUGUAGGACACGGGGACGGUAGUGACCCAAUGCCAGCAUGCUGACUGGUAAAACACAUAGACAUGUAUACAGGAUAACAGUCAAGGGGUUUAUUUAAACUGGCACUCAAGUGCAUAUAACUCGUAUUUGCGUAUGCCUCAGAUAUGUUAUUAAACAAUCAUUGUAUAUAUAAUCAUAAACUUUCUUUUAAUUAUUUACGUUUAUCUAAGUAGGUUUUAGUACAUACAAAUACUUAUAGUACUGAGUAUAUAUGCCGAAAAUAAAUCAAAUGAAAAUCUUAAGAUACCGUAUACAUACACACUCAUGUAUGUGAGGGAUCAAAACAUCAAGUGACAACAAAUGUGAACGACUACAGAGAUAUAAACAUUAUAGCAAAUAGUUUUGCAUAGAGAUAAUUCAAAUUAAUUUCUGAGAAUAUGUCUAAGCUACAAAACGCUGUUUCUGAGACAUUCGGAUAUAUUUGCUUGUCAUCGUGCAUGUCGAUUUAUAUUAUUAUUAUAUGUUGAACUAUUUUCUAUGGUUGCUUUUAUUUGAUUUAAAUAACAACUUUUUGCAUUUGUCUAGAAUACAAUUUUUGUAUCUUCAUUAUGGAGAAAAUGAAAAAUGCAACUCUUUCUCUCUCUCUCACUGCUUAAGAUUCCACUUUUAAAAGCCAUAAUUAAAAACUUGCCCUUUUGAAAAAAGUGUUAUGGUCUCUCAAACUCAUUGUUGCAUGGAGGCGAGUCCUUAAUAUCAGUUCUAUUAUAUACCAUAGUGAAAGUUCCUUUAAGAGCUCAUUAUCAAUGUCGCUUCCUUAUUAUUAACAUGAUUUCCAUUUAACGAGAUGGAAAAAUAUAUGCAUUGACUUCAUUACUAUAUCGUUUUAAACUUUACGAGAGGGAAUCCUAGGCGUCUGUACAAUUAUCUCUCAAGGCUGUACUAAGAAAAAUAAUGCCUAUGUUUGUUUAUUAUCUAAACGAAAACUAGCCUAAUGAUUAUUUCCAACA